UCAGAUACAACUCUGCUUUCACUGCGCUGCACUGAUUUGAAUAAAAAGUACAUUUAGUAGCUCGGUGUUUCUGCCGUUACAGCAGCACACAGCUAUCCGGAUGAUCAAAGCUGCAGUCUCACAAAGUCGCAGCGACGACUUCAAACCGAGAGUUGUUGUUCUACAAAUAUUAAGAGCUUGAAGCCAGGCAAGAAAACACAAGAGCUUUGGAAACAUGUUUACAAAGAGGCCUUCACUGUCCUCUGGAAUGGAUAGUUUGAAGUAAUGGAGAACAGAGAGGAGAGCCCUGCCGAUGAACAGGCCCCUACACCUCCAGAGCGAGGACUGCUCCACACAUGGCAGUCAGCGGGCCCCCCUGCGCAGCUCUGUCCGGGGAGAGUGCCCUUGUCCAGGCCUGUCCUGCAGGUGGCCCUUGGAGAACACCAUGGACUCCUGCUAACUCAGGGUGGACAGGUGUAUUCUUUUGGAGAGUUGUCGUGGAGGGAUCUGAGCAUCCCGGUGUCUGCUCCCGUGCUGGAGGCCUCUCUGAUUGGGAGGAUGGUGAUCCGUGUGGCUGCAGGUGGCUUUCACUGCGGAGCAUUGAGCGAGCAGGGCAAUGUCUUCAUGUGGGGGGAGAACACUGCAGGACAGUGUGGGCUGACUGAGAGGGGCCCAGUCACAAACAUCACAGUUUCAGAGCCUUGCCCAGUCACAGUAGUGGACAGUGAGGCCGUUCCUCCAGCAGGGGUUCGGGUUGUGGAUCUGGCUCUUGGACGGGAACACAGCCUGGCUUUGUCAGCCCAGAACGAGCUGUGGGCGUGGGGCAGCGGCUGCCAAUUGGGCCUGGUCACCAGUACCUUCCCUGUAUGGAGACCUAAGAAGGUGGAGCAUCUGGCAGGCAGACAUGUUAUUCAGGUGGCUUGUGGUGCCUACCACAGCCUGGCUAUGGUUCGCAGUUUACCUCCACAGAAGACCCAGAAUCCUUCUGAAAAGAGGGAGCGGGGGCAGUCACCUCAUUAUUCAGUGACUGAAAGGGAGGAGCAGUUUGCAGUUGAUGCCGGUCAAUACUGUCCGCUGGGUGUGGAGCUGACUGAAGUCAUGACAGGCGAGUGCUCUCCCAGAAGAAGAGGCCCCAGACGAAGGGUGCAUCCUGGGGGAAGGUCAGCUGGCAGCAGCCCUGGCUCUGCAACCGGUUUAUGUCCAUAUUUUGAAGAUGACAAAUCUUACACUAAACAGACUAAUCUUGCAGUUGGGCACCCUCUCAGUGAGACAGACAGCAGCCCCAAGUCUCACCCACCGUCAGGCUGGAGAGCCAAUAAGAACUCUGCGUUCUCUGAUGAAACGCAGAUUAGUAACCUCCUCCAGAAACUCUCCAGUCAGCCCUUGGAGAUGCACCAGAGCACCGGACCAGGAGACACUGACUCACUGAGCAGUUACACUUCAGAUGACAGCUGUGUUUCCUCGACUCCUUCCACGGACCUGUUGACCUCCAGUUACAAAGAAGACUCACCAACUAAGAGUCAAACCAACAAUGGAGGGGCCGUGCCGUAUUCCUCCUCCCCAGUGUGUUUGGAAGAAGUUCGGCUUUGUCUGGAGGCGGAGAAACAUGCACUAAAGGGGCAGAAAAGCACCAGUCUCACAAAUAUAAACCAGAAGGGGAACGCAGCAGCCAACAGGAGACGCUCCCUGCCUGGAACACCCACCCGUGGUAGGAAUGGGUCUCCACGGCGAGGGAGGCCUUGUGUCUGCAGGCCGUCCUCUGCCGGUCGGACCACUGCCGCAGCCCUGGAGGAGGCUGGAGCCGGGCUGCCGUCUCUGGAGACAGAAGUGUGGAGCUGGGGCCGUGGGUCGGAGGGGCAACUGGGCCACGGAGAUCAGCUCGCCAGACUCCAACCUCUGUGUAUCAAGUCUUUGACCGGCGAGGAGGUGAUCAAAGUUGCUGCAGGGUCACACCAUUCACUCGCCCUCACCGCCCACUGCCAGGUGUACUCCUGGGGCAGUAACAUGUGUGGACAGCUCGGACACGUCAACAGUCCUGUCACUGUACCUCAACAAACAAAGCUGUCUGAUGGUCUUCGGGUUUGGGACGUGUCAGCGGGUCAGAGCCACUCCCUCCUCCUGGCUGAUGGAGACUGUGUGCAGCCGGUCCUGUUGUACUGCGGCCAGCAGCAAGAACACACGUCAGCACAGAGUCAGAAGUCACAGCAGAGUCAAAGGUCAUGCCAGACGUCACCCAACAGAGCAGAGAGUUACACAGUCAGACCCAACCUGCUGCCCUUCUGCAUGGAGAUGGGUUACAUCAGCAGUGUGUGCAGCGGAGGCCAGCGCUGUGCGGUGCUGGCCGACCAGAAUGUCAUGGGUUUCAUCUCGGCCAUCCAUGAGCUAGCCUCCAGAGAGAGACACUUCUACUGCUGGCUGAGCAGCGCCACGAAGCUCCUCCUCACACCGCUGCGUAACAAAGAGAGUGUGUGUCCGUCAUUAGGUGAGCCAUGCACGCACCUGUUCUUCUCUCUGUGUGAGAGUUUUGUUCGUCUCAGCGUUCUGAUUGGUCGACACUCCACGUCACUCAGCUACUUCCUGCAUGACGUGCAGAGCUCGGACGUCACAGCCCUUCCCCUGUUGACCCACACCGAGCAUUUUAAGGACAUUUAUAAAGAGUAUUGUUCUUCAGUAGGUAACUUUGAGGUGAUGGGUGGAUUCCGAUCACUCCAUAAACUCUCACAUGAGUGUUUAGGGUCCCAGCAGACAGUGCUGGCUCAGCUGUGUGCAGACCAGUCCGUCAGUGGUGACGUUGAUCUGGUGUCCGUGUUUUACCGGCCGCUGCAGCAGCUGCACCAGUACAGCCACGUCCUGCUCAAACUGGCAGCCUGUUUCGAUGUGUUAACUGCAGAGUAUCAGUCCCUCCAUCAGGGCUGCAAUCAGUUUGACUCCCUGUCAUUGUCCCUGUUGAGGAAGAAGAAGGAGGCUGAGACCACCUUCCUCUUCUGGAAGAACCACUCUGGAAAAACUACAGAGGUCCUGCGCCUCCCGCAGCGCCGUGUGGUGUGCGAGAGCAGCAACAGAUCUCUGACUCUGCAGAACGCCGGGCGGUUCUCCAACCACUGGUUCAUCCUGUUCAAUGACACACUGGUGCACACACAGGGUGCCAUUCCCUCUCAGAGCCUUUUCUCCACGCAUCACAUCUACCCUCUGAGCUGUCUGUGGGUGAAACCAGUUACUGAAGACAGCAGCGGACUUUAUGCCAUCAAGAUUACAUGCCCGGAGGAGAGUUUCACCCUGGUGGCUUCGACCCCACAAGAGAAGAAUAAGUGGCUACGGUCUCUUAACCAGGCGGUGGAUCAGGUGCUGGGUGGAGCAGGUCAGGGGUCGUCGCCCGGGUUGACAGCGAUGUCCCGCACGGCCUCCUACACGUUCAAUGGAGAGGGGCGCUUUAAAGACGCCCAGUACACCGGGGCCUGGCUGGCAGGGCGAGUUCAUGGCAGAGGCACCAUGAAGUGGCCAGAUGGACGCACCUACAGAGGGAACUUUAAGAAUGGACAGGAGGAAGGCUACGGAGAGUGUCUGAUACCCAACAAAGUGCUGAAUAAGCCAGAAAGCUUCCAAGGACAGUGGAGAUGUGGCAAGAUCCAUGGUUUCGGCAAGUACAAGUAUGCGAGUGGCCAGGUGUACGAGGGCUGUUUCUGUGAUGAUCAGCGGCACGGUUACGGCAUGCUGAGCUCCGGUAAACUAGCCAAGAACUCCUCCAGCGUUUUCAUUGGCCAGUGGGUCAAUGACAGGAAGUCAGGAUACGGAGUCUACGACGACAUGACCAGAGGUGAGAAAUACAUGGGUCUGUGGCUGGACGAGCAGCGCCACGGCAACGCUGUGGUUGUCACUCAGUGCGGUGUGUAUUAUGAAGGGACGUUCAAAGACAACAAGAUGUGUGGUCCAGGUCUGUUGGUGUCUGAGGACGACACAGCUUUAUAUGGGGAGUUUUCUGAUGACUGGAUUGUCAACGGGAAGGGGGUUUUAUCCAUGGCUAACGGGGACUGCCUGGAGGGCCAGUUCAGUGGAGAGUGGACGUCCGGGCUGAAAGUGGUGGGAACGUACACCAAACCGUCCGUAGAAGAACCGGAAAACAGAGAGAGGAGCAUCCUGCUCAAAGUGGGCCAGCUGGUGGUGCCUGCAUCUCAGAGGUGGCUCUCUGUGUUCGAUGAGUGCUGGAGUCGCCUGGGCUGUGACGCUCCCGGGAGAGGAGAGAGGGCCGCAGCCUGGGACAACAUCGCUGUUACCAUAACAACUGCACGACGACAAAGCAUAAAUCUCAGUAGGUCUCAGAGUAAAGUGUUGGAGUGUUUGGAGUUCAUUCCCCAGCACGGAGAACCAGUGACCACCACUAACUACGACAACAUACGAAGGUACCUCAGCAAGGCUUGUGAGACCCCUCACCACCCUCUGGGCUGGCUGGUGGAGACGUUGGUGACGGUCUACAGGAUGACUUACGUCGGUGUGGGGUCGAACCGCAGGCUGCUCCGUCAGGCGGUGCAGGAGGUUCUGGCCUUCCUCACACAUUUCUACAGUAUCGUCAGGUUUCUGUUCCCAGGGUUACCAGAGGAUGGCGGCAUCAUCCCAGACCCUCCUUCCGCUGCAUCUAAAGGCAAACACAACGCUGACAUCGCAGACCAAGUCAGUGUUAUGGUGUUGAGUUGCUCCUCGCUGCUCCUCCCUCAGCUGCUCCCCCGUCUCUACCCACCUCUCUUCACCCUGUACUGCCUGCAGGAGGAGCAGGAGGACGCCCUGUACUGGGAGCGCAUCCUCCAUCUCAACAAACAGCCCGACCAAUCGCUGCUCAGCUUCCUGGGAGUGCAGCAGAAGUUUUGGCCAGUGUGGAUGUCGAUCCUUGGAGAUAAAAAGCAGAUUGUAUCCAGCAGUAAAGAUGCCUGUUUUGUUUCUGCUGUUGAGACACUUCAACUAAUCAGCACCACCUUCACCCCGUCAGACAAACUCCUCGUCAUCCAGAGGACGUUUGAGGAAAUGACCCAGGAAGUGAAACCCAUGCUGGAUGGAAACUUCCUGUGGUGCAUGGACGACCUGCUGCCUCUCUUCCUCUAUGUGGUGCUCAGGGCGAGGAUCAGGAGCCUGGGAGCUGAGGUCAGUCUGAUUGAAGACUUGAUGGACCCCAAUGUUCAGCACGGGGAGAUGGGACUAAUGUUCACCACGCUGAAGGCGUGCUACAUUCAGAUCCAGCAGGAGUCGGCUAUGUAAGAGCAAAGAGGCCACACCGUCAAACAGCACAGAGAGAACAGCCAGCAGCGGUGCUUCGCACAGGAGCUUCCAGAAGAGGGGGGAUAACCUCAGACAGCUCCCUCACUGUGGGUCCUUUCAGUAGGUUUCAGCAGCCAAAGCUCUUUCUUGUUUAUGAAAGACACAUGUUCAAAGGAGAGUAAACAUCGCCCUCUUCUGCUCAUUUUAGAACGCUGCACUUUAGUCUUCACAUUUGAUAAGAUGCACUUUUUGUUAAUACAUCGUUUCCAUUUCUGAGUUUAUUCAAUGAAAACAAAUGCAGACAGUUGUCUCACAAAGGUGUAUCAACAGUGCAGUUCUCAUUACUCCACAGUGUUUCACUUUAAAUGUCGUUCAGUAGAUGUCACAGUGUGCUGUGUACGACUCAAAGGGGACUGACAGACCACGUCACUCAUGAAGGCUGAAAUAUGAUCAGAUUUUAAGGGGAACCUACUGUAAGAGGCUCGUAACUACAAAUCUGAGUAAAAAAAAUAUGAUGUAGAUAUUAUUUUAAUGACCAAGCACUCCUCAAAGGGAACUUGUGAUUUCUGUCUUCCCACGUGUCUAAUUUAACAGUAAAUGCGAUUAAAUGAAGCCUACAGCGAAUAACUGCCUACAGUAAACUGAAUAUGGUAACUGCAGUUUGUUAAGCAUGGACAUUUGAGACAAACAAACGGAAAAUACUUGCUUUGGGGUUUGUAAAAAAGGUUCUUGCGCCUGAGAAUACUAUACCAAUUGUAGAAUUUCAGUAGUGUGACGAUUUAAUAACUUUUCUGUAAGCAGCGACAGGAGACACAGUUACAGCCGGGUCAGUCAGAGAGCAGCUGGAGGGCAGACUGGAAGAAGGUUUUCACUUUUUAAACAAAAAACAACUCAAUUCGAUCAAAGUUGGUGAGUCUAAUGUCUGUGUGAACUGGUCUGUGUAGACUGUUUGUCUACAAACCUGGGGUUUGAUUGAUCUAACUCUCAACAAUAGUGCCUGGGUCAGAAAGCUUCACUUCCAGUCGGUUUCUGCAAACGUUAAUUAGAUGCCAAUUAACCUUAUUUGUUCUCAUACAAACACUCCAUUUCAGUAGCAUCCCUUCUGCCUGCUUAAAGUAACUUAACACAUUUAAUUGCAGCAGAAGGAUUUCCAAACAUCACAUUAUAAAAUCUUUCAGUUUCCUGUCCCAGUGUUUUAGUCAUUUCAUUUUGAGCACUACAACCCAAACGGCACUCUGCUGCUUCAUGUUGAAAGUCACCAUGAAGCCGUUCUCAGGUCUGACCAGCUACUACACCGUGCCAUGUCACUACAGAGGGAACCGAUUCUCCUCUUUACCAUAUUUAAUUAAUGAGGGAACACUGAUUAGCUGAGCAUUAGGAAAAUGCUCAAUCCUCAGUUUGUAAUUCUAUGGAGUGAGUGUGUGUGUGUAUGGUGUGUGUAAACAAGCAAAUAUGAACAAGUCUGAUGAGGAACGCCUAAAAUGUUGCACUGACACCUUAUUAGUUGAAUCAGUAAACCGCUAGGAAAGUGUGUCACAUUUUCUUAAAUUUGUUACCUUAAAAAAUAUAGAUAAGGACAUUUCUGUAGAUUUCAGUGAAAAACUACUUGAUAUGCAUCUAAUCUCUCUUAAGGGUUUAUUCACAUUGCUGCAUAGCACAUUUUAAGCAUUGUCACUAUUUUCUUAAGAACUACUGCACUGAGUUAUACGGAAAAGUAAUUUACAUCUAUGCCAUGAUUCUCGAUCACUGUGUGCUUUAAUGCAGCCAAUUAGCUACAGAAAACCCCAGGUUACACUUAUCUUCUCUCUAUCAGAUUUAAUAUUUUAAUCCAUUUGUAAGUGUUUGAUAAAGUAUCACAUUUUUAAAUCUCAUCAAAACAUAAAAGUAAUAGCUUCCAGUUCUCUUUUAAAUAGCUUACUCUGGCUAAACGUUUAUGGUCACAAUCAAAAAGCUUUUUCGUCUCUCAGAAUGGUCACAGCACCAGCAUUUGUUCUUUAAAAACCCCAGACGGCUUCAGAUUUACUAUUAAAGUAAUGUUACUUCAAUAAAAGAAAACAAUGUCAAUUAUUUACUAGAUAUAUUAGAAUCACAAAUUCUAUAUUAAAGACAUUUUAUAAAACACUAUGACGUGAUAAAGACUCGACCCGUUCACUGCCUCAUGUUACUGAGUAUUAACAGAGCUCGUUUUUAUGUUAACUGGAAUAAAUCAGACCUAUUGAGUCAGAAUUUACAUUUUAAAAGAGGGUAGCAGCUGUUGGAUUCUUCCGGCGUUACUGAAAUAUGUUUGUACUGUAUUUAUUGUUACUCAAGGUUUUUAAGAGUUAAGAGAUGUAUGUGUUGGGACAGUUUUCUUCUUUAACUAUUUAAUCCACUGCAGUGUGAUGUACAUACAUGUGAUGUAGCAACUCAAGAUGAAUGAGAGAACAAUUCAUCUCUGUGGUUAAAGCGCUCUGCAGAUGUUUCGCAUGUUUAAGACCAACAUCAACAAUUUUCCUGCAGAUGUUCUACUUGAAUUUAAUGAAAACGAAUGACUUAAAAAACAUAGUUCUGAUUUCUAAAAUCUUACUAAGUAAUGCAAAGCUCGCAUAGCUUAUUGUGUUUGGGCUCAAACGUGUAAAACAUGUCUGUGGUAAGAACCUACAUUCCUCAGAGGUUUCACACUAUGAGGCUAUAACCUGACUGAAGUUAUGACUUGUGUUUACUAUUUUUCUAACUAAUUCUAUAUUUUUGCAACUUCAUACAUUUGUAGAAAGAGAUGAUCAAAGGAAUCGAUUGCAGUUCAUUUUGAUGGAUAAAUGCUAAAUGAGAAAUACAAAUGUUUUUACUCCGAAAAAAGGCAAUAAAUUUGGUUUACUUCUGGAAA